AAAAUGCACGUUUUGUCAAUUCUAAGGAAAAUUGCUUAUUUCAUGGAUUUUCAAACGCAUAUUAAGCAUAUUUGAUAUUUUUCUUAAUCUAUGUAUUUUAAAUAAUAUUUAGGUAAUAUGAAACACAAUAUAAUUUCACGUAGGUAUUCAUUAUCAUCGUCGCAGUGGAAUAUCAAUUCGACGAUAACGACUGUCGCAGUGCUAGACUGGAUAUUAAUCUUUUUUGUAAGAGUAUUGCUCGUUGUGGAAUUUGUCACAGCCACAUUCGCCGCGAGUAACUUAGUGAUUCCCAGUACUAGUAAUUUUUACAUAGCACUCAUAGUGGUUAGCUAUUUUCAUUUGAUUUAUUGUCUUAACUUGUUAAUACAUUAUUGUAACUUAUUCAUACUUCAAAAUACAAGUUUUCUGUAACUACUCGCUUUCUCACAACCAUAUCAAUCCAACUGGGAACUUGCUACGUCGUUAAAUAAUUAAUGUGUUAACUGUCGCAAUAUCCUACACAGCGAUCACUACAGAUGUGCAUUUAAUAUAGAAAUUGGAUAAUUACCUCAAGAUGUAUAGAUAAAAAUAACAUAUAAUUUGACUACUUUUAAUUUCCACAAUGUUUGACAAUAAGCUUAUUACGGUGCUGUAUAUUCUAACAAUUAUUGUAUUUUUGUGUUGGUUUUGUCUGCAAAUAGGCAGUUUAGAACCUGAUUUAAAUCAAAUUCAAACGGAUAACAACAUCGAUAACAAUGACCUACAAAGUGAUUCAGUGCCAUUAAAUACUGUUCUAAACGAUUUGGAAUAUGAAAACAUCUAUAAUCUGUUGCAUACACCACCUCGUCAGCCAAGUUAUGUUGCACGAGCGUCUAGAACUAACGUUUCCACUUCACCAGCCACAAUUGUCCCGUUGAGUUCUAGUUUAAAUUACGCGGAGCUUAAUACAUUUAAUUUCGCUUCAUUUUCAAGAUCUCCGCUCGACGAUCCACCGCCUUCAUACGACGAGACGACGAGGGCGUGGUGAAUUUCACAUCGAACACAUCGUUAGUGGCCAUUUAUGCCGAUGAUAUGGUAAGAAGCGAGCGCGAUUUUUCAUACCACUUAUAAUGUGAAUUUAACGUUGUAUAUGUAUUGCAAUUUUUAAUUCAUCGCACACACACACACAUACACACACACACACACACACACAAACUCAAAUAAUUAUUAUCUGUAACAUAUGUAUUGUGAUUAUUUUUGAUAUAAUAUAAUUUAAAAAUAAUAAUCAUAAUCAUAUUAUGAUUCAUUUUUAUAUAUUUUAUCAUGUAACUCAUUACGCCAACGCUUUUUGCAAUAAAUUGACAGAGUUCACCCAAAAACAUUUAUUCUCUCCAAUUAUAGUGCAUGUAACAUAUACAUAUUUAACUUGCAAUAAGUCAUUUUUUUCUUUUUAAUUAUAAUUACAUAUAUAAUUAUUGCCAAUACUGAACCGUCUCACUCUUCUUAUUAACUUACUGUAUCGUAUAAUAUAUUAUAUUUUAUGUUUUCUUUGUUGUUCAUUAAACAUUUUUGCUGAUUUUGUUAUUAAGUACUGUCUAUAUUUUUAAUUAUAUUAACUGUAAUGUAACAAUUAGACUACCAACCUGUACUUUCAAAAAAUAAAUAAAUAAUUGUACAUGGACUCCGAUAGCAAUAUUUGUCAUUAAUAGUUGAACUAUAUAUAUUAUAUGUAUAAUGUUAAGUUUAUCACUCAUUAUUUUUGUAAAUUAUCUAUAUAAUAUGUAAGUACCUAGUGAGUAGUGAAUUUUAUACAGACAUUGAAAGCGGCUGAUGGCCUGUCUCCGUACUGUCGAGUACUUAAUGUAGUGAGUACCUCAUAAUUAAUAUUUUGUGUAUUAAAUACGUCAUGCUUUAAAUAAUUAUUAAAAUUAUAAUCUUGACCCAGAAAUUUGAUAUUAAUAAUAUAUUAUUAUAAUUUUAACCUAUGUAUAUUUAUAAAAUUAUAAAUUAUAUUAUAUAAUUAAACGAAGGUAGAAUGUUUGCGUCGAUAUAAAAAAUAAAUGGAAAUAACAUUAUAUUAUUUAA